AGUAUGUCGAUGCGUACCUAGCUGCUUUCUACUAGAGCUUGGCGCGGAUUCGAACUUCAUCCCGGUCCGCUUCUGUUUCGGUUUUAUGUAAGUCACUUCGUUGUUCUGGCGAAGAACAUUACGCCCCUCGUCAUUUAUGACCCCAAUCCUCGUGAACAACAUGGCGUCCUCGUCCUCUUACGCAACCGUGACCAUCAAUCUGCUGGCCACCGGUCGGCAGAUUGAGAUGCAAGCCUGGCCGGUGACGGAGACCGUCGCGGAUCUGAAGCGGAACAUUGAGCGGCAGUGCGCCAUUGACCAGCGGCAGAUGCGGGUGAUGUGCAACGGGCGCAACCUGACGGAGGACUUCGCGACCCUGGCGUCCGUCGGGGUGGUCGACGGAAGUCAACUGGUUGUUGUGAUGCGGCUGAACAUGUACAACGAGGUGGCGGGGCAGACGAAAAUCCACGGCGUCUCGAAGGACAACUACGGCAACGCGGUCGGGACCAACUUUGACCUGGCGAAGGACGGUGCGUUCGCGGGCGCCACGAUCGCCGUUUUGCACUUGUACACGUUCGGCGGCUUUGACUUUUCGUACCCGCAGAAGGCUUUGGAGUUGAAGGGGCUCAAGAUCAAGCGGUGGACGGAGCUCCCGCAGCCGUUUGAAUUGGAGCGGCAAAUCCAGGAUUGCUGCCAAUUGUGGCUGAUCAGCAGCAUCGAGGGACGGUUGGAAGAGUCGCACAUGAGUGUCAUCAAGGAUUUCUGGCACCGAGGAAACGGCGUGUACAUCUGGGGGGAAAACAAGCCCUGCUACGAAGACGCGAACCGGCUGGGGAAGUAUUUGUAUCAAAUGGAAAAAUGUCUGGGUCUGGAAGAAUGCAACUUGUCAUGCUAAAUCUGAAGCAUGCAAAAAUCUGUGUUGCAUGAUUACCAAAAGCCAUCCAGUUUUGGCCAAGUCGGGAGGGAGUUUCUCAUGCAGGAUAGGCAUGAGAGAGAGUGCACAGAAUCUGUCAUGUUAGGCUCUGCAUUACAGACCUCAUGAGUCAUGUAAAAUCUGCAUGACAAGUCUGGCAGUCGAUUUGAGGUAGUUGUUACGUGUGGUUGGUCUUUCGGUUCUGCCUGAGUAUUUCCUUUUCAGUCAAAUAUUUAGUCUUCUGAACUUCGACUUCUUAUCCUUAUUUCUCGCCUAUUUAUUGGAUGAAGCUAAACAGCGCCUCUGACUUAUUAAUGUUUUUGGCGUAUGUGACUCAUCCAUAUAUCAAUGUGAAGGUCUUGUCGCAGGAGUCAGCAUUUUUGUUGCUGUGCUCCUGGUUUUGGCUUUCUAUAUGUUUAGCGAGUUGGAAUUGUUGGCUAAGGUUGGCGUAAUUUGGCAAAGUGGGAUAUGUUGGCGUGAAGUGUGUUGGAAUCGUGGCCGGGAGAUGAUGGUGAUGGCACUUCGGUGUCCGCCUGACCUACCUUCCCUGCGUGACAGCCAUCUGCGGCUGUUUACAAAGGGGGAGGCAAAGUGUGCCGCACUUCUGUUUAGCAUGACAAGUCUGGCAUUCUUCCAGACCCAGACAUUUUUACAUUUGAUAACUUGAUAGGGGCGACCAUGUCCGGAAACGUACCGGGAGGGAAGGUAGCAAGUUUGUAAAAGCUGCGCUGAAGCGGCAUCAUAGGAUAUGAAUAUGUGUAUGUCAACAUGUACAUGGAAAAUAAAAAUACCAACUGCAUUCGCAUUCCGACUGCUCUAUUCAACAGCAUUUCGAUGUUCAGGUCGUGCGCGAGCGUCCCCUGGGUUCUAACAGCGGCAGUGGGUUCGUGCAGCACUUGAUCACUACCGGUCUCGAAACGCUCUUUGAGGGCGUCACCGUUGCCACGAUUCACCAGGACCGGAAUUUUCACCGCCAGCGCAUGAUGCCUUUGGUCUACGGUUCCGACAUGAUUCCGGAUGACAAGAACCCCGGUGGACAAAAACCAAAUUUGGUCACCGCCGUCUACGAGCAGGACGGGCGGCGGCUGAUCAUCGACACGGGGUUUACCCGGCUGUACGUCAACUGGGACUCGGCCGGUACCGGACGGUACGUCAGCAACGCGGCCGCGUGGCUGGCGAAUUUCGAGCGGUUUCAGCAGAUGGACGUACCCCUGGGCAUGCUAGACGGGGGGCAGUUGCGGAUGAACCGGGAGGAGGUGACGGAACUGCAGGAAGCGUUUAUGCUGUUUGACAAGUCCCAGACCGGGUACAUCGACAUCAAAGAUUUGGAGUCCGUGCUCCUCUCCCUCGGGCAAAUCGCGACGGCGGAGGAAGUCCGGGACUUGAUCUCGGUCGUGACCAUCGGGAACCCCGACGCGGCGCGGUUGAAUUUUCAGGAAUUCCUCGGCGUGAUGAACAGCGCGAUCGAAGACAAAAACGCGGAACAGGAGAUCUACGAAGCCUUCAAGAUGUUUGACAUGGACCGCACGAGAAACAUCAACGCGAUGGAGCUGAAGAAAGUGAUGGACAGUCUGGGCACGCAGGUGAGCCACGCGGACGUGGAGGAGAUGGUGGUGGAGGCGGACCUGAACCACCAGCGGCGGAUCAAUUACGAGGAGUUUUACAAGAUCAUGAUGGGGAACCAGAUCGGGAAGAAGAACGUGAGCAAGGAGGAGCGCGACCGGCAGGAGAAGCUCGCGGAGCGGCGGCACGGCCGCGGGCCUGCGGCCACGAUGGCGCACUUGCGCGCGGCGCAGCGGUGGGACGCGUUGCGCACGCAGGUCAUGAAGGCGGUGCGGCGACACCGGGUGGAUAAUCAGGAGCAGGUCACGCAGGACAACGCGGAGCUGCUGGAUAAACACCGCAUCCGACACUUGAUUGGCUUGGCACUCACGACGGUUGUGACCACCAUCUGCAUCGUCGUUCCACUGGUUCUGCAGGGGGCUUUUGAGUCUCAGAUGGACGAGGCGCACAACCUCCGUGCGCUCACCCACCACGGCAACGCGGUGCUGUACUAUGACGAAGCAAUGUCUAUGGCAGCACGGAUGACGGCCCUCACCGCCGCCCAGGAAAUGCUCGACCCGGUGAACAUGGUGCCGGACAGCGCGAACGCCACGAAGAAGUACAAUUUGUGCCAUUUUGCGCCCCCGGCCGGCACGGAGUACCCGUAUUUCUGCUGCGCCCGGUGGGUCAACCGCUACAACAGCUUCGGCCCGCAAAUGGACGCCGCGAUUGCGAACAUCCAGAACCUCGCCCGGAGCAUCGCGACCGACUACGAUUUACUGGUCGCGGCGUCGAACAGCAAACUGAUCGCCCGGGAAACCAUCGCGCUCAACAUGUGUGGGGGUACUGGCACGUUCGGCAACGCCGGGACCGGCAUCCGCACGGCGGGGAACGGUCUGCUUUCCGUCCAGCCGGAAUUGCUCUGGGGCUACGCACCCGGGGGCGUUGAUUCCCCCGGUCGCGGGCUGUUGAACGGCAUUGACGCGCUUUUCGACGAGGGCCACUUCGUCAAAACGAGUAAUAGUGUAGAGGUGAUGGACAGUUUGGUUGGCGGCAAGUUGCUCACCCGAACUUUCCAGGCGGACGAGAUCGUUGCAAACUCCGCGACUUCGCUAACCCUGAAGCUAGCCGGCGUCGACCAAGUCAGAUUAGCGUUAAAAGCCCCGCAAGCGACCAGCACGAAUCAGCGCGUGUACAUUGAUCAGGUGUUUCCGGACACGGCUGCGCAGCGCGACGGGAUCAUCGAGGGAAUGAACGAUCCUUUGUACGGGGAUUUCCGCCCCUUUCUCGUGGAACUGACCAACACGGCGACCAGCCAGAGCUACACCGGCACGGCGGGCAGCACCGGGUUCCACAUGUGGCCGCGAACGGCGGUAAUUAGCGGUUUCCCCGGGUCGGGACAGGUGAUCACGGUCCGGAUCGCCGACCCGGUGACGCUGACAACGUACGAUACCGAGAAGGUGAAGCUGCUGUCCGGCGUGAACAAGUUGGAGGAACUGAUCAAGGAAAAAGUGGAAGACUUCGAUCGCGACCACUGGACCACGGCCAUGCGGAACGGCGUGGUUUUGGUGAUUUGUGCCUUAAUCCAAGGGUUCGCGGUCUUCUUGCUGAUCUUGCAGGAGAAAAAGGCGGUUUUGGUUGAGUUCCAGCACUUCAAAUCCGCAGACGAAUGCCAGGAUCUGAAGCAGCGGGACUGGUUGACAAGCGAAGCCUUGCCUAUUCUCCGGUCGACGAUCGUAGAGGACAUCUCGAGCUCCUGGACCAACAGGGACCAGACGACCCACAGCCCAAAGAGUAACAGAGGGGAGACAAACGCAAAUAACCCCAAUUCGAAGAUGCACAUUGUGAUAGGGGAGAGCAACACUCAACAAGGCAAGCAGCAAGCCCAGCAGCCGGCGCCGUUAACGCGGACGGAGAGCCAGAAAAUGCGCAUGACCGCGAUCUGGACGAACAAAUUUAAAAAGAUCGCACGAUUGAAAAAGCUGCAGGAGCACAUGUGCGAGCUGAACCGGGUGGAGGCGUUGCUCGCACCGUAUAAGAAAUACCGAUUCCCGCUGAUGAUUGCCGCCGAGGUGAUCUGUUUGCUCUGUAUUCUUGUCCCCUCCCUGUUCGAAAUCUACAACAACGAGUCGAUCCGCGCCACGGCGGAGCUGCGGAAUCUGCAGGGCGCCGCAGACCUGGUGGUGUACUACGACGAGGCGCUCACCAUGUCCGCGCGCAUGGCGGUGUUGCGCGGCGACGUCGGGGGCUGGUCGCGCCGCUACAACAGCUUUGUGGGGCCGAUGGACGGGCUUCUGGGCUCGCCGCCGGGUGCGACCCCCGUGUUCAAGGGCAGGCUGGAGACCAUUGAGGACGUUUUGCUCGACAAAUUCAACACGGACCACGACGAGGAACCGGGGAUCGGAAACAUUUGGGACCAGUACAACACGCAAGUUGUCACGGCCAACGCAGAACUCGUGGAGCUCGAGGGCGCGGCGCUCUCCAUUGCGGCCCUCAAGGACAGCCCCGCUGGAAGCACGAAUUUGGCGAGGUAGAGUUAGACUUUUUGUGCUAAGAAUAAUAAGUGGAAGACAGUCUACUGUCCUUGUCGAACAACAUGUUGGCUGUUCUUGCUCUAGUCAUCAUCAUCAAAGUAGUGAAUGUGAGUCAAUCUUGAUGCAGUGCGUUACACUUACAUACUACCUUCCAAGUAACCGUUUCCUAUCAGCUACAACGCGGGCAAGUCGAACCUGUUUGGCACAACGUAUCAGACGUAUAAGGACACUCUGAAGAAGGCAAUUCUGACGGAGACGCUGGUCCCGAAAAUCAACAAACUGGUGGAGUACCAAGAACGCUCUGACGAGGACAGGAAAGAUCUGAACACCGGCAUCAUCACCACCGUGGCUGUGGUACUGGCUCUCAUCCUUGCCGUUCUCGGCUACUACGAGCGUCAAUCGAUUGCGCUGGACAAAAUUUUUCUCACCGCGUAUCGCAACGUGCUAAAAUACGAGUCGCGGGAUUGGCUCACCAACGACGCACUGCUGACCUUGCGGACCAACAUCAUUUCCGACGUGCGCCGGGCGACGUUGCGGCGAUUCGACGAAGCUGACGACUCGCAGAAGCCCUUUAUUGAGGUGCUGGAUAAGCCAAAAGAUCUGAACAUUGCCGACGUGCCGGUGACGCCCAGCACCAUGCGGUUUAUGGAAAAUGCUUGAUUGAAGAUCAACCGGGAGGAGGAGCGAGAGCACCGGCUUAAGCAUAUCAUCGCUAAUACGUGCAUCUGUUUGAAUGAUGCGUUUCUGAGUUUCCCGUUUCUUACGUUUCGAAAUUCCGCUAGUAGAUGGUAUGACACAUAAAUCAUCAACCAACGAUAAGAACCUUGAUCCACUCCAAAGAUCCAAAGCACACCUAAACGGGCACGAUCGUCACUAAUUCAAUUCUACUAGAGUAAGAUGACUACUGAACCUGAAACAGGCUAAGACGGGCACGAACGUCACGGCAAGAAUAGUGAAGGUUCCCGAGUGCCCCAGUUUUGCCUGGGCACGCAGUACCAUCGACCUUUACUCUUCCAAUGAACCCCAGGGCCCUUGAUGCCAGUCAAGGCACACACACAAAUAAUCUCUCAUGCAUAUUUGUACCACCUCAACUAGGUGUUGUUUUUACUCGUAGUGGGUUCGACCUCGUCGUUGGUUAGUUCGCAUCUUCACAGAGUUAUGAGCCCAAAUUACCACUAAGAUUUACUUCUGAUUGCGAACAUUUAAAAUUACACUUUGCACCUAAUUAUCAGCAUUACAAAUUUAGAAUCAUAAAUACCCCAACGACAAACCAUGGGCGAGCUGACUGCAGCGCAGAAGCAAAACAAGAAGGAGAAGGCUGCGAAGGAAAAGGCUGCGAAGGAGAAAGCAGCAGCAGCAGCAACUUCUGGCGAGCCUGAGGGCGAACAGCAAACAGCCGGUGAUGACGGAACCAUCACGCCGAACCCGGGCAAGAAGAAAAAGAAGAAAAAGCAAAACACUUCUUCUACCGCCGACACCACUCUGACGCCGCAAACUGCGCCUAGCGUUGUGGCGAAGUUGUCGCAGAUGGGAAAACUGCUGGACGACUUGAAAGACGACAAGGGCGGCACUGUCGUUGCUGACCUCCGGAAGCAGCUCGAGGACGUCGCGAAGGAAGAACAACAGCGCGACGCGGAUGCGAAGAAGCAGCUGCAGAAACCAGCCACGAAGACCAGUACGAAAAAGAAGAAACAGAAGAAACCGAAGCGGAAGGAUUCCGAUUCCGACAUUCUGUCUUCUUCGGAUUCCAGUGGUGGCAGCUGCGACGAAAACUCUUCUUCCGAUUCCACAAGCGGUUCUGCGAGUUCCGAGGAGGACGAGAAACCGAAAAAGCGAAAGAAAUCGUCGAACGAAAAAGACGAGAAGAAGAUGGUCUUGUCGCAACUCCCGCUCUAUCAAGAUGACUCGUUACCGUUCACCGAGUACUUGUCGCUCGCGCAGGAGAAGUACAAGCCGAGCCGUAUCCUGAAAGGGAUUGAAUCAAAAAUCCAGCAUACUACUACCCUGCGACAGUACUUAGCGGCGAAGAAGCGGAGGACAGUCCGCAAGGCGCAUAACAGUUCGAAGCGCCUCCGGCGCAUCAUCAAGAUCUUCCGGAACGAACUGCAAGACCCCGAUGCAGGUAUGGAGAAACUGGAAGAUUGCAAGCAGGACCAGAACCAAAACCCACAGGAGUGGUAUAAGAAGUUCUGCGAAGCUCUUGCUGAAUUGCCUGAGGACAAACUGCCGUUCUCGGAAGUCGUCCGCUACGCCGAACGGAACGCGCAAAAGAACGUCAGGGGCAUCAUCGUCCAGGACAAACCGAGAAACGCGACGCAGCUGGCGGCUGCGAUUGGCAAAGCGGAGAAGCUUUUCGGGAAGAAGAAGAAAUCUGAUGUCGCCUUCCCUGCCUUCCACGACCCGAAGGGCGGCCGCAAGCACAAAGGCGGUCGCCAUGGCAAGAAGGGUGGUGGCAAAGGCGGUAAGAAGGGCGGCAAGGGUGGUAAGCCCCGGAAGCCGUACAACCCGGACGCCUGGUGCGAUUACUGCAACCGCGCCGGCCACUGGGAAUCGGAGUGCCGUACCAAGCAGAAUAACGACGGCGGCAAAUCUGGGGCACCGGGGAAGCAGUACAACUCGUAUGCAGCAUCCGGCGACCACAACAGCGGUGGACACCACCAACAGCAUGGUGGAUACCACCAGCAGCAGCAGCAGCAGGGGAACUACAACCAGUACGGUGCCCAGCACCAACAACAACAAAAUCCGUACCCCCCGCAGCAACUGCAACAACAGAUGGUCCACCAACCGGCGAACCCGAACUACAACCAGCAGGGCGGAUUUUUCUGUGCCGUGGCUGUCGAAAUCUCCUGCCCCGACCACCCCCACAGUGCGUUUGCGACUCCCGCGACAGCAAACACGGUGGAGAUGUUCUUGAUGCUGGAUUCUUGUGCGAGCAAGCACAUGGCGGGACCGGUGCGGGUUCUGCAUGAACUCGUGAAAGCGCCGGCAAUGUCGUUUAGCACGGCAAACGGACCGACCACCAGUACUACCACGGGUUCUAUCUGGUUGGAAACCUCACCGCCGAUCAAGCUCCAGAACGUUGCCCACGUCCCUAGCCUCGGCAGCAGGGUGUUGCUGAGUUAUCCGCUUUUGCGCAGAGCCGGUAUCCCGAUGUCCUUGGACAAGAUGCAGUUCUUAUCCUACGCGAUCCAGCUCGUGGAAGGAUGCACCCAGAUCAAGCUCCCGGUGCGUAUCAACCACAAGGAACCGAUCCAGACGGCGUUUGUAACCUGCAGCGAGGAACUCAUGCAGGACUUGUGGCGCGCCACCCAUGAUUACUUUAAUUCUUUGAUUGGUUUCGAUAGCUCUUUGCGUCUUCAGUUUUUCGAAAUCGAUUGCAAAAAUCUCAGCACAAACGAGAUAAUCGCAGAAGUCGUUCACAACCGUCAAAAACGACUUGCACUACUGGCGCCCAUCAUCAAUGACGAGAUCAAAGAAAAACUUCGUAUUUUGUCAGCGUAUCUCGAUGAAAAAGUAGUAGUGCUUGAUGGCCCGAGUCACCACCAGCAUCGGACAUUUGAAAUCAAAGACGACGAUGUCAGGUGGCUUGCAUCUUGUGCCUACUCUUUUCCCGCGCCAGAGGUUCCACCAGAGGACCAAUCGCAUGAGCCUGAGCCUGCUGCAUCUUCGGGCCCCACGUCUUCACACGCGCAACAAGAAGAUCGUGGCCAGGAUGCAACCCGCAGCGCCUCAAGCGAUUCUGAAAAUGCCGACCGCUCUGAGCUACCUACUUCGGAUCAUCUUGGCUCUGAGCAGCCCAAGGCCAAAAAGAAGAAAAAGGCCAAGAACAAAAAGCGCAAAAAGGCCGACCAGGACCAGGACCAACCAAAGCGAACGCGCCCGGCGAAGAAGUUCAGGCGAACAGAUUCGACCGAGGCCCCGGCUUUCGAGCAAAUUAGUUAUGAAAAGAUAUGCCAGCUUGGCGCUUGCCUUUUUAUGCCUACUUUCCAAAAGUUGUGGGAAAUUGUCCGAACGCUUGACAACUCCCAGCGCUCCAGAAGUAUGGUUAUUCACUUCUGCAAGCACAACUUGACGCGCCUUAAGACCCAUGCCUUUCCCCACCAUAAAGUCGGAGGAGUUGAAGCCAAUUCUUUGUCCGACUGGUGCGCCUUAGAUACGUUUUUUCCGUUAGGUAAGGAGUUUAGCGUGCUACAUGGGAUCAACAUCCAUUCCCGCGCCAGCACCACCACAACUUUCAAACGAGCAGUCAAGAUGCAGGACACUGCUGAUUUUUUAGAGUACUUGAAAACUGUUGGCAUGAUGGGCAAGAACAUUCUUUGCGACCAAGGCAAGGAGUUUGACAACAUAAAAGUGCGCGAAUGGUGCCAGCUGUAUGGCAUUCAGCUUUUCCUGACGCCUAAGGCUUCUUGGGUGAAUGGAACUUGCGAGCGCCGCCAUCGUCUUUUGCGUGCUGUUUUGCAUCGUCUUUAUUACGUUUAUGGCCAAAAGAGUUCUAUCAUCCCGCGCCUGGUACAACAAGCAACAAACGCGGUUAACAUGACGCCCACCGCUGCGCUUGACGGGCUUGCGCCUGCGCAGGUGCAGUGGGUCAUAAAUCCGAUUAAGCUCGAGCCUAAUUUUGUAGAAGAUUUGACAGAGCAGCAAGCAGUUUUAGUCAACGAGCAAAGUCCUGAGUCCGAUUACAAAAUCCGUUGUAGGGCCCGUGCUCUGGUCGAAGAGCUGAAGCACGACAGACAGCUUGUAGAUGAGACGCGGAAGCUGAGGGAACUUCAGCGCAAUUUUUAUCAUGAAUCCGACGAGUGCAAAGUUGGAGAAUUGGUAGAAAUUUUCGACAAGGACAAAGAAGCAUGGUUAGGUCCCUGCACCUUAAUCCAUCGCCAAGUGAACAACAACUCAGUCACUUUCGUUGUGGAUCAUGAUGGCAGGUAUCGCCGUUCGCAUGCGUCUCACGUACGUAGGCACCUGACGGCCACUGCUAUGACUUUUCCACCCAUGUUACUCAAAAGCCUCUACAAAACGCACAACGUCCCUGAUAGCCAUCCGGACACGCCCCAGGGCGAAUUUCUCGACGAAGAGACAACCAUCAAAAUAGUUCCGGAUGGUAAUGCGAAGGUCGCACCAAAAACCCUCGAUGCAGCUGACAGCAUCAAAGCCGACCCAAAAUCGAGCACCGAUGCCCCCGCCGCAUCAAGUAGCAGCGCAAGCUCGUCAUCUCGUGAACCUGACACGCUCCCGCCGCCUGGCAACGGUGGCCCGGCUGUCUCACUUGAUGUUGCACCCAUCGAACUAGAGAAAAAGUUCCGUCUUACCAAGGACUACUAUCAGGGCGUUUUCGACAAACUCAAAUCUGAAGAGGUGCAGCGCGUACGCCAGUUGAUCGCGACAACUGAAACAGCGCCGGUGCGUGGCGCUUGGAUAAAACGCAACGAACAACGUGAGAAAACGCUACUCACAGUGCGCGCGUUAAUCGAUGCUCAGCCCGAGUAUUCGCAUUUGAAAGAAGCACAAAAGCACAAAGUCGCUUCUGACAUCGCAGAACGAUGCCGACAGCUCAACAUCAACGACAUUAACGACAAUACGCUUGCAGCCAUGCUUGCGCCCCUCAUUUGUGCUGACUGGGAGCCUGGUGAAGUUUGCUACAAAGCUAUCGCUGUCCCUGAUCACAAGUCUGGUUUUGACACUACAGAGCCCGCUUGGAAAGAAGCCAUUUCUAAAGAAGUCAAAGCACAUUCUCACGUAUUCAGGCCUGCUACACCUGAAGAAGUCGAACGGUUCAAACGCAGCGGCAGCAGAGCAGUACCCUGCAAAAUGUUGCUUAGUGUAAAGCGCUGCGGCAAACGUAAGGCCCGGAUCGUAUGCUUAGGCUUUCUGGACAAAAUGUCUGGGAACCAGAAGUAUGCUACUGUGCCUGAUUUAAGUAUUUUGCGUAUGUUGCUUUGUAUGAAAGUUCAGUCACCUAGGAUGUUUGCAUUCCCUUCCGACGCUACUUCAGCCUUUUUGCAAGCAAAGUACCCAGUUCCGGUCGUGAUCGAUCUCGAUCAGCGAUUGCAAAACGAGCUAGGCUACCGCCUUGGUGUGGUAGAAUACGCCAUGAAUGGCCUGCGCCUUAGUUCCCGCGCCUGGGAAGACCACCGCGAUGCCGUUCUUGUCAAACAAGAAUGGAAGCGCAACCCCAUCGAGGCCACUCUCUGGACUCGUGCCGGUGUUUUGUUGUUAGUAUUUGUAGAUAAUUUUUGGUUUUUCGGUGACAAGGAAGAAGUUUUGAAGUACCACGAAGAACUUAAGCCCGCGCUAAAGUUACAACCCGAAGAGGUUCGCGACGAAGGUACGCACCUCGUCUACGAUGUCCUUGGCAUCGAAGCCCGCGAAAACAAAAAGACCGGCGACAUGGUCUUGAACCAAGACAAAUACGUGCAGAAAAUUCUUGAUCGCUUUGGCGGUGACACAGGUCGCAACACUUCCACGCCAAUGGAUGCGCCUCCUGAUGUCUCUGCGCCUGAAGUGCCUGAAUUAGUCAAAACCAAGCAAGAACUAACUGGCUCCUUACAGUAUUUGUGUCAAACCAGGAUGGACAUAGUCGUAGCUUUAAAGAUGUGCGCCCGCGUGAAAGCUACUCCCGAGUGCAUUUUGGCACUCAAGCGCAUCGUGCGCUACUUACGGACCCGCCGAGGUCUCCGAUACAAAAACCGAAGUGAAAAGUUUGGAGAUCGUCUUAUCCUCACCGCGUGGAGCGACUCCGACUGGGCUAGUUUCGGAGAUAGAAAGUCUAAUUCCGGCGUAGUGAUCUGUCUGAACGGAAAUGCCAUCGCAUGGCGUUGCGCAAGUCAAAACAGCGUUAGUUCUAGCGUUUCUGAAGCUGAGCUCUAUGGCAUGAGCGAAGCCGCGAAAAUGGUUUUACGUUUUCACUAUUGUCUUGAAUCUUUGCGCCCGUUUUGGAAAAAGUUCUUUGCAUCACACAGCCUUUUACUGCCUAUUCAACUUGGAUGUGACAACUCCAGCGCAAUUUCGUAUACUGAAAACCAAAACGGCACCAAAAGCGCUUUGAAACAUAUCGACAUCCGUGGCAUGCAGAUGCGCGAUUUGCAAGAGAAACAACUUAUCAAGUGCGUUUAUCACUCGACCAAGAUUAACAAGUCAAACGGUUUGACUAAGACUUGUCCUCCUAUCGAGUUUCGUGCAUUUCUCGAACUAAACGACAUAAUCGAGUUGGAUUAACCGAAAACGUUCCGAGUAUGAAAAACACCACAGACCGCCAGCAACCCUAACUGGACACCAACGAACGAACGAACGAACGCGAAGAAAUUCGGCGCAAGGGGGACUGCUGAUGACUAUCGAAGAGAGUUUUAUUAUGCACCAAAUUUAUUCGCUUCCAUUUACGCCUGCAUUCAUUUUUCGCAAGUCUCGCAAAGACUAUAAACAAAGAACCUGCAAUACAGAUUUUAUUUUUUGACUUUGGAUUUGGAGUGAGGGGGACUAUGACACAUAAAUCAUCAACCAACGAUAAGAACCUUGAUCCACUCCAAAGAUCCAAAGCACACCUAAACGGGCACGAUCGUCACUAAUUCAAUUCUACUAGAGUAAGAUGACUACUGAACCUGAAACAGGCUAAGACGGGCACGAACGUCACGGCAAGAAUAGUGAAGGUUCCCGAGUGCCCCAGUUUUGCCUGGGCACGCAGUACCAUCGACCUUUACUCUUCCAAUGAACCCCAGGGCCCUUGAUGCCAGUCAAGGCACACACACAAAUAAUCUCUCAUGCAUAUUUGUACCACCUCAACUAGGUGUUGUUUUUACUCGUAGUGGGUUCGACCUCGUCGUUGGUUAGUUCGCAUCUUCACAGAUGGCGAACUAGUAGUGUAAUAGAUGGAGGUGCGAGUAGAGCUGUCUUCUGUGUAUGAUAUCCAAAAUCAAAAACGAAUGACGCCAUCGAGCUGCGAAUUUUGCAAGACUGCUGCAGGUGCA